GCCAUCCGAAUUGAAAAUUCAGUGAUAUCCGUGCCAAGAAAUAGUACAAACCACAUUGAUCUCGAAUCAAGACGAAAUGCGAGUGAAUAAGAGCGAAGAUGAAUCGUAAAUGUUAUUUUUGAACCGAAUUGAAAAGCUGCUCGUUGUUUUCCUCGCAAACGUCAAAAUAAUUUACUGACCCGCGAUAAGGUGCUCGUGGAGAUAGUAGCUAACUCGUAUAAUUAGUCUGAUAUACAUUGUUUGUUAGAAGGACGUGUGCCGUGUGCGUGAAAACAAUUCUGCAACGUUAUGCUAUUAUUUAUAUUUAUAUUGAGUGUGGGUGUGUUUACACCGUAUGUGACAUCAGAAAGCUGCUACGCCCAGCGCUGUCUUGGCUGCUACCAGGACCAGACGUCAUCUCCAGGGUACCCUAACGAGUGCCACCCGACCAACUGGGUCACGGCUCAGUGGGUGCACAACAUAGGACACCCACCACCGACCACAGACAGCAAGAUACCCAUAGAGUAUCGGUGCUUGAAGAUGGUGGCCACGCCAGAUGAUAAGACUUUUGGCAACACUAUUGACGUCAUUCGGGGGUGUGUACCACGACUCAGCGUGGACUCAGUGUGUCUCGCUCUGGUAGCUGUAGAGAGAGCGAGAGGGCACAGCGACGCACGUUGUUUUAUAUGCAACGGCAAUAAUUGUAACGCAGCUGCGUACGCGCAACUUAAAUUAUACGUACCUAUUUUAACAUUAAUAUUGUACUUUGUAUUUAGAUGAGUGUUAUUGUAAUUUUUUUAAGUGUAAAGACAUUUUGUGUAUAAGUGUUGUUUAUUAAUUUAAGUUUUUUACGACGCAAUUUACAAUAAAAAAACUUGACUAAAGUCGCAAAUAAUACUUUUAUUUUUAACUUUAACAUGACGUUGUUUAUAAAAUUCAUAAAUGCAAAUUGUACUUUCAUUGUGAGCAUUAAAACAUUGAAGUUUAUUGUAAACGACAUUAUUAUAAAAAUCGGCUGUUACAUGAUACAAGUCUUAUCAUUGUUAUGUUAUCUUAUAACAAACAAACUAAAAUACAAUUAGUGAGUUACUUUCACAAACCUAUAAAGAUACGGAAACAAUGUUAAAACUUGGAAUUUUAUAAAAAUAAGUAUUUUUUAAAUAAGGUCAAUCGAAUAUAAAGGACGGCAUAAAAAUACACAAUAGAAAAUCAUAAAUUAUCAGUUCAGAACUCGUCAAAAUAUACAUAAAAGAAAUAAGAAGUCACAUAAAGUUUACAAAAUAAGUAAAAUCUAUUAAGUACUUUAUAUCCUAAAACAUAAAUCGACGUUUUGUCGCACAGGCGAUAGUAAAGCAAUAAAAAAAUAAAGACUAGAAGUAAAAUUACACAAAAAAAAAAUAUCCUGAAGAAAUGCAUCAAGCCACUAAAAAAAUAACUGCAAAAAAUAUUGGCAAUAAAAGAGAUUUAUAAUAAGUAAGUACCAUUACUAAAAAAGUUUUCUCUCAUUUCUUUUAAGUUCUAAAGCCUCGUCUGCAUCAGGGUUCGCAAAAUUUAAGCUUUUAAAAUUUACGACAGCACCAAUAUCGACUCUAUUACAACAACAUAAGCCAUACAACAACAUAACAAAGAAUCACUG